UGAGGCGCCGGCCGGGUCCAGACCUGAGCCACGGAGGAAGACUCUGGUCUGCUGGCAUCUCCCAAACAUGACGGCUUCCCGGAGACUCCCUCUUCUUCUGGGCGUGCUGCUGCUGCUGGCGGCCGCCGGGCCGAGCCGGGCCAGCGAGGAGGAAGAACAUGGUGACAGCCAGCAGAGCGGCGGCGGCCACGGCGAGUCCUCCCACACCGGCAACGGGACCACCGCCGAGUCGGGGGGUCACGACUCCGGGGGUCACGGCUCCGGCCCCAUCACCACCCUGCCCAUCGUGACCUGGAAGUGGCCCCAUGUGACCACGCCGUACCUGGUGGCCCUCUGGAUCCUGGUCUCCUGGAUCUGCAAGCUCAUUAUCGAGGCGAACCACCAUGUGACCAACAUCAUUCCUGAGAGCGCCCUGCUCAUCUGCUUCGGCUUCAUCCUGGGGGCCAUGGUCUGGGGAGCGGACAAGGUGCAGACCUUCACGCUCACCCCGACCGUCUUCUUCUUCUACCUGCUGCCUCAAGUCAUCCUGGACGCCGGCUACUCCAUGCCCAACAAGCUCUUCUUCAGCAACAUGGGCGCCAUCCUGGUCUACGCCGUCAUCGGGACCUGCUGGAACGCCGGCAGCUUGGGGCUGUCGCUGUGGGGGUGUCACAUGGGCGGCGCUAUGGGUGACCUGGACAUCGGCCUGCUGCAGUACCUCCUCUUCGGCAGCCUGAUCGCGGCCGUGGACCCGGUCGCAGUCAUCGCCGUGUUCGAGCAGGUCCACGUCAACGACGUGCUCUUCAUCAUGGUGUUCGGAGAGUCGCUGCUGAACGACGGCGUCACCGUGGUACUCUUCAAUGUCUUCGACGCGUUUGUCUCACUUGGAGGAUCUCAGAUCGACGCUGUGGAGAUCAUUAAAGGAAUAAUUUCCUUCUUCGUGGUGGCGUUCGGAGGCUCUCUGGUGGGCUUCGUGUUCGGUCUGCUCAUCUCGCUCAUCACCAGAUGCACCAAGAACAUCCAGAUCAUUGAGCCCGGCUUCGUGUUUGUCCUGGGAUACCUGGCCUACCUGACGGCCGAGAUGCUCUCUCUGUCUGCCAUCCUGUCCAUCGUCUUCUGCGGGAUGUGCUGCCAGAAGUACAUCAACUCAAACAUGGACGAGAACUCCGUCAACACCGUCAGAUACGCCAUGAAGGUUCUCGCCAACGGGUCAGAGACCAUCAUCUUCGUUUUCCUCGGCAUCUCGGCCAUUGACAAGACGAUCUGGGUGUGGAACACCGGCUUCAUCCUCCUCACACUCCUCUUCAUCCUUGUGUACAGAAUCAUCGGUGUGUUUUUCCUCACAUGGAUCCUGAACAAGUUCCGACUGGUCCCCCUGGAGUUCAUCGACCAGGUGAUCAUGAGCUACGGUGGCCUGCGAGGGGCCGUGGCGUACGGCCUGGCCACCAUGCUGGAUGAGAACAAGAUCAAGGAGAAGAACCUGAUGGUGUCCACCACGCUCAUCGUUGUGUACUUCACCGUCAUCUUCCAGGGAAUCACGAUGAAACCUCUGGUCACGUGGCUCAAAGUGAAGCGUGCAGCCUCGUCGGAGCGCUCCCUGGUGGAGAAAAUGCAGAAUAAGGCGUUCGAUCACAUGCUGGUCGCCAUAGAAGACAUCUCUGGACAGAUCGGACACAACUACAUGAGGGACAAGUGGAAUCACUUUGAGGAGAAGUGGAUGUCUCACCUGUUGAUGAAACCGUCUGCCAGGAAGAACAGAGACCAACUCUUCAAAGUUUUCCACAAACUGAACAUGAAAGACGCCAUCAGCUACGUGUCCGAGGGAGAACGCAGAGGAUCGCUGGAAUUUGUUCGCAAUGAAAACGCCUUUGUGGACUUCAAGAAGAAGUUUGGUGAAGACUACGGUGAGGUGAUGCCGGAAAUCAUGGACGACUUGUCCGACGAGGACGGAGCAGCCGCGCCUGCCAGACGAGAUCCGGUGCCGUCGGUGAGCCUGGAGAUGCACGAGCAGGCCAUGAAGGGUGCGAGGGAAACGGAGGGCAUCGACAGCCACCACCUCCUGCAGCAGCAUCUGUACCGAGGCAGGAAACAGCACCGCCACCGGUACAGCCGCAGCCACUUCGACGUCAACAAGGAUGAAAACGAGGUGCAGGAGAUAUUCCAGAGGACCAUGAGAAGUCGCCUGGAGUCCUUCAAGUCUGCAAAGAUGGGCGUGGCCCCCCCGAAGACCAUCAGCAAGCACCCCAAGAAAGAGCAGCAGCAGCAGAAGCUGCCAAAUGGAAAAUCUCUGGACAAAAACAGGAGCUACCAGUCUGGGGAUGAAGAUUUUGAGUUCUCAGAGGGAGACAGCGCCUCCGGCUUCAACUCCGCGCACAACUCUUUCCCCAUGAGAGUCACGUACAGGGCAGGAGCUGGGAUCGAAAACCCAGCCUUCAUGCCAGACCUGGAGCCCAUGGACCCUCUGCAGAUCCCUCCCUGGCUGGCGGAGGCGGAGCUGGACAGCGGCGCCGUGGCCCCGUCGCAGCGCGCCCAGGUCAGGCUGCCGUGGACGCCCAGCAACCUGCGGCGCCUGGCCCCCCUUCGCGCCAGCACCCACUCCACCGACUCCUUCAUGCUGGCCGACCUUCCCGCCGCGCAGCCGCCGCAAGACGAGCACUGGCAGCCGCUGCCGCCUCCUUCGUCUCCUCCUCCUCCACCACCGCCGCCGCCGCCGCCACCCGCCUCCCCACAGAGAGGACGACGACCGCUUGUAGCAAGACUGACCACCGACUCCAACGCUCCAACCAGCCAGAAAAGACUCCAAACAGGCGUCAGUCAGGGGGUCAAACUCACACUAGCGGUAAAACAUUAGCGUGGCCCUCUUCGAGGUGCUCCCUUUAGCAGAGCCCACAGCAGGCUGAAGACGAUUUGGCAGAAAUGUUGCCCAGGAUGCAACUAGAAGUCAGCCUGAACAAAGCUUAAAGCUAGCAAAAAAAACCCAGCCCAAGGCUAGCAAAAGCAUCGUGAGACCAGCCCAAAGCUGGUAAAUAAAACAAAGACUAGCCCGAAACAAGCCCACAGCUGGCCGAAGAUAAGCCUGAAGCACCGUCGUCACGGAAACAGACACCCAGACCGCGGCGGCGGGUUGGCCUUCUCUCCUGAAGAGGCUGCUGUUACACUGGAGCGUUGGAGGCGACAGGCCGGAAUGUGGAAGUUACCAUGCGUCAUUCUGAGCAAACGAUGAACAAAAAAUGUUUCCCUUCAGGUUGUUGUGGUCUAAAAACACAUUUCUUCUCAAAACUCAGGAUUUCUGCAGUCUCAACCCUGUUUUCUUACUUGCAAUGUUAGCACUGAUGCUAAAGCUAAUCUCCAACCAGCUUUGGCGUUAUUGACCUGCUGCCAUCUGUUGGUCAGUUCAGGGCGUCAGUGUCGCCCCCAAGUGGACACAUGAGGAACGGCAGUGAUUUAGAAUGAAAUUCAGGAUUUCACGUCACGCCACGGGCCGGACUGAUGCCUCAUGCGGUCCAGGUUUAGGCCACAGGCCUCAUGUUUGACACGCUGAGACUGGAGAAUGUUUUAAUGUGAAUCCCUGCGUUACUUUGACCAAACAUUGACGUCUUGGUGGACUUCGUCCUGCUGCAGGUCCUCAGCGCGUUGAUCUUUGACCCCUCUCUGGUUCUUAGUCAAUCUAAAACUAAAAAUCAGUCUUUGAAGAGUUUCUCAUCCCUGAAUGUGAUGCAGAAAAAACCCUUUUGUAGAUAAAAAAAAAACCAAGCCUUUAAUUAAGAGUGGAACGAUUCUGAUCUGAUGAUGUUUGCGUGUUUUGUGUUUGAUGGAAUUCUACUUGAAGAAUAAAAUCAUUGAUAAGUUUCA